AUGUUGCAACAACCCAGAACUCCGGAGAAUGGAAGAAGAACACCUACACAAAGUAUUUACCGACAACAGAUACCCAAGAAGUUUCACCUACAAAACAAACGACAGUCAGAGGACACGGUACAAAAGAAGACACUAGCAUCGCUACCAUACAUCACAAAUAUAUCAGGAAUGACAACCAGACUACUGAGACCACUUGAAGGGAUAUGGCCCAACCUUAGGGUCACCAGAUUCCUUCCUCAUGAUGCAAACAUUCUUCCAACUUCCCUUGAAACCAUGAUGGCAACGCAGCCAAUUACCCUCGAUUCAUACCCAGAGCAGCCGAUGCCAGUCAUACCCCCGAUGUCCAGCAACGCUGAAGCAGGUCCAAGCUGCACCAAGUCCGACCCUGAUGCCUCAAGCCCUGUCCCUGCUGAGUGUCAGACAUCUAUGGAAGCUGACAAAGGAGCCAUUUACAGACAUCCUCUGUUUCCACUCUUGGCUCUCCUGUUUGAGAAAUGUGAGCAGUCGACGCAAGGCUCUGAGUGCAUCACUUCGGCAAGCUUUGAUGUAGACAUUGAAAACUUUGUUCGCAAACAGGAAAAGGAAGGGAAGCCAUUUUUCAGUGAAGAUCCAGAAAUCGAUAACUUGAUGGUGAAAGCAAUCCAAGUGUUACGUAUUCAUCUGUUGGAGUUGGAGAAAGUUAAUGAUCUCUGCAAAGAUUUUUGCAACCGUUACAUUGCUUGUCUGAAAACUAAAAUGAACAGUGAAAACCUACUAAGCAGUGAUCCAGGAGGUCCUUAUGCAUCUGUUCAAACACAGCUUCCUGUACAGAACACAACCAUCACCACCUUACCUGGCACCAUCAGUCCUCAGGGCAUUGUCGUUCCUGCCUCAGCUUUGCAGCAGGGAAAUGUCACAGUGACGACAGUAAACCCUACUCAAGUUGUAACAGGUGGUGGGGCAGUUUAUCAGCCUGUUACUGUGGUUACACCUCAAGGACAGGUAGUGACACAAACACAUGGCACAAUACGUAUCCAGAAUGCACAGCAUCCUUACCCUACAGAAGAUGAGAAAAGGCAAAUAGCUGGUCAGACUAACCUCACCCUCCUCCAGGUCAACAACUGGUUUAUCAAUGCUCGCCGGCGGAUUUUGCAGCCCAUGCUCGAUGCCAGUAAUCCAGACACUCCACCCAAGGCCAAGAAGAUCAAGACACAAAGUCGCCCAGUGCAGCGAUUCUGGCCAGAUUCAAUUGCUGCAGGGGUAGCUCAGCAACAUGUAACCAGUAUUACCGUAUCAGACAGUGCGAUGGUCUCAAUAUCAAGUCCAGUGAAUGUGAAUGUGGACAGUCUGCAGUCUUUGUCGUCUGAUGGAGCAACUCUGGCUGUACAACAGGUUAUGAUGGCCGGACAAAGUGGAGAGGAUUCUGGCAACAGUGUCGAGGAAGAUGACAGUGAUCUGUCUGCAACAAACAUUAGCGGCCUGGCCUUAGACAACAGCGACUCACUGCAGUAGGCCCAACACAGAGAGAAGCCAUGAGAAAUGGAAGAAGGACUGGCCAUGUAUUUUUAUUCUUUGCACUCAGUGCAUUUUAUUUCUGACGUAUUUUAUAUAUAGGUAGGAGAGCGCACUUUUCUAUCUCACCUUGUAUUCAAUGAAUGGGGCUUUAAAUACUCUCACAUUGAACUAGCUGUUUUAAUGUGGACAGACAGUAAACUUGUUUCACCGGAUCGAUGUGCAGACUGAAUCAGAAGUGUAUCAACUUCAUGUAUGGGUGGUCUGUUUUAUCCACUCAGAAAUAACUGGCCAUAAUUUAAAGGUGAUUUGAAGAAACUCUUUACCUAGUUCUCCAACUGACAAAAGAAUUAUUGGAUCAAAUCCUGCUUUUUUUUAUUUUGGUUGAUGAAUUUUAUCGUCAACAGCAUUUUGCAGCGAACACCAAGUUUAGUUUAUUUAAACUAUGGGUUUCAGUUUGGACUGAGCCCAACUUCAGGUAGGCACAAAAACAUCUUGUUUGGGGCAGGGUUAAUAUUUCGACAAUUUCCACUGACAGUGCCAGCUGGAGAUGAGUUCUGGUCAGAGUCUGGUGCUAAGUAGCUGUAAACUCUGUUCACAUUGUACAAUAAUGAAAAGGUAUGUUACUAAUGCAUUUUCUUUCAGUUUCCUGGGUUAGUACAGGAGCACAAUGAGCAAUCUAUGACUGUUAGUAUGGUCUCUCCACUUUUGUGCAGCUCCAAAUGAAGCAAAAGUUCAUAAUGUCCAUAUUUCCUUUUGCCUCAACUCUUUGUUGACUACCAGGACUGAAACAACUGGAGCUCCACAAUCUCGAUCGUUAAUGAAGGGAAGUGGGGAGGAGUGGGGAAGCAAAUCAUCUCCAUAUUCAUGGGACAUAUGCUAACUGGUCUGUUUUGGUGAUUCUACAGUGAGAGUACUGUAUAUGAAGCCGAUGUGUAACACACCUAAACUGUUUGAAAAGAGGCGUAGUGCAUACAGAAGGAAUAUCUCAUAUAUAUCAUGCAGAAUCCCAUCUAUGGCACAUGCCCUGUGCAUCAUUGACAGCAAGGCCAAUGUAGAGGGCAGCAUCAUAGGACAUGUUUGUUGUUUUCUGCUUCUUCCGGUUUUAGUACUUUUAUUUGACGAGCUCUGCAAUCCUGAAGUUUUGUCUGUCAUUAACAAAAAUAAUAAUGUAAACUUUGUAUACUUUAAACAUCCUGCUGGUAAUUGCUGUACGAUUGCAGUAAAAUUGGACGGUAAUCAUCUCCUUUCUACAGUCCUUCCCAUUUAGAUCGAUCCUGCAUAGGCCGACAACUUACUUAACUCAACCACAAAUAAAGUCCCACUCCAUUCUUCUA